GUGAUCUUGAGAAUACUGCGACAGCUUGCUGGUCUCCACAACAAGACAACCACAGACACAAAUCAAGCAAGAUGAAGGUACCACUGGCAAAUCUGCUAUGCAUCACCGUCUUGGCUAGCUCGGGGACAAGCUUCCCAAUGGAGAGGAGGGGAACUGCUGCCGGGAAAGAGAAGAGAGUUCAGUAUGCACCAUGGGAUGAUGUCAAUGUGCUUGCACAUGGAUUGCUGCAGCUCGGUCAGGGUCUUAAGGAGCAUGUGGACAAGACCAAAGGCCAGAUGAGAGACAUCACCAUCAAGAUGAAGGUCUUCAACGUCACUGUCUCUGAGCUUGGAAAGCUGACUCAGCGCCUGCAGGAAGACAGCGAAACACUGAAAGCCAAAGCCCAGAACCUGGAAGAAAAUGAGAGUCUGGUCCUAAAUGUGUCCACGGGUCUGCAGGAGAAAACAGAGGAACUGCUCAGAGACAGACAGAAGGACCAUGAGCGGAUGAAUAAGCUGGAAGAAAAAAUAGAUGGCAUGCUGCAAGGAGAGGGUCUGGAAGCUGGCAAAGCCAACAACAGUGAUGCCCGGAUUAUUCAGUGGAUGCUAGAGGCGCAAAAUAAGCGCAUUGAUGACCUGGUUGAACGUAUCAAGCAACAGCAAGAAAAACUGGACAAGCAAAAUAUUCGCAUUCGAACCCUCCAAAACCAGAUUCACAUGAGAAAUGAACGAUCUUCUCUGAAACGGAAGGAGGAUGACACCCAACUGAAAAUGAGCUCUGAACAGCGAGACUCACCUGUUGCAAUGGCCUCUGACUGUCAUGAGUUGUUCCUGAGGGGUGAGACCUCAAGCGGGUUGUACACCAUCCAACCAUCUGACUCGCGGCCUUUUGAGGUCUUCUGUGAAAUGACACCCGAUGGUGGAUGGACAGUCAUCCAGAGACGGCAGGAUGGAUCUGUAGAUUUUGAUAAACUAUGGCAGGCCUAUCAGACUGGCUUCGGGAGCCUGAAUGGUGAGUUCUGGCUCGGUCUGGAGAAGAUCCACUCUGUGUCCAAAGGUGGCAACUACAUCCUCAAGGUUCAGUUUUCUGACUGGAGGGAUGAGAGUCAAAACAUCACGUACCUUUUCCAUCUGAAUGGUGAGGAGAGGAACUAUUCUUUGCAUAUCCUGGAGAGGCCUGCUGGAAACCUGGAGAGCUUUCUGUCCACUGAAGCAUCCGGAGUUCCCUUUUCCACCCGUGACAAAGACAACGACCUGAAGAACGAUCUCAACUGUGCCAAACAACUUUCAGGUGGUUGGUGGUUUAGCAACUGCGGUCACGCUAACCUCAAUGGCAGGUAUUUUGUAACCCCUGCACCAAAGCAAAGGCACCAGAGAAAACAAGGAGUGUUCUGGAAAACUUGGCGUGGUCGUUACCACCCGCUGAAAACUACCACCAUGAUGAUUGCACCAGCUGAGAUUGAGAACAAGUCAUAAGUUCAACUCUGAACCUAUCAUGCAAGAGACCUUAACCAAUGAUAUGGGUGGAGGAAAUUACCAUUCAUAAACUCCCAAACUAACUGACUGGUGCUGAAAAGAUUUAAUGCUCUGUUAGGAGUGCCUUCCAAUCUUCAGAUUGUUUGUUAGAACAGACAGGUGAAGUCUGAGUUAUGAACGUCUAUGAAGAUGUGAGAUGGGUGGACACUGACUGAGCAAAAAAAUGACUUAUCUAAUGAGAGUGGUAAGAACUAAAUAUACCUGGAGCUCUGCAAGAAGCAGCAUGUAUUGUAUGGUGCAGGCCACUGAAUUUGACAGAACUCACUAAAUAACCUAUUGUCUCUAAAAUGUGGACCAAAUAAGCUAAAGAAGCUUGAGUCAGUACUUUUGAAAAUGCUUAUUGUAAAGGCACUGUUUAUCUUAAGGCAUUAUCCACAGACAAAGACAUGCAUUAGUAGAUCUGCAGACCAUUGAGAGAUUUGCUGCCUGUCCAUCAUUUCAAGUGCACAAGUAUGCAAGUUAUUUUCUGGAACACAUGCUAUCUUUCAAAAGCUUAAAUGAUCUAAUACUACUUGUGUCUUUUCCUGUCUUGAAAUCAUAUCUAAAGGAGGAGUUCCUGUGGAGAUUAAUUUUCUCAGUCACAUUGACUGUCUUUAAAUGUCUAUAGCUGUCACUUCUCUGUAAAUAACUGAAACAUACAUUUUCUUAGUAGCUUUAUUUUUGCCAACUUCGAAAGGUCAUGCUCUGAUUCCCAUAUUAUUUAAAUGUUGUACAAAUCAUUAUGUAUUUCUUUUCUUUUACUUAUAAUUUAUAUGUUUCUCAAAGAAGUCAAACAUUUUGUUAUUGUUUUUAUAAAAGGGUUUGGUCUUAAUAAAGGGACCAAUAAAGAUUAAUUUUAUUUAAAAA